AUGAUCAGCUCCGAGGGCCUGCGGCCGGCCACCGGCGGCAGGAAGCCGCUGGGGAAGCUCGCCUCCCGGUUGGAGGAGGUGAAGAACCCGUGGAGGGAGGGCUCCAAGCUGGAGCUCAGCCACAACGAGGCGGCCCGGCUGGCCACGGACGCGCUGCUGGAGCACGGAGAGAAGGAGUACCGGAGAGUCCUGGCCGAGGAGCGGGAGCUCAACUUCCUCUCCCCGCUGGAGAUCCGAUACAUCAGCAAGCAUGCGGCCAGCAAGACCCCCGACACCGACAGCUGCACCGACCGGGAAGACGGGGACACGGACGCCGUGUCGGAGCUCACCUCCGGGACUUACUUCCCCAUGAUGUCCGACUAUGAGCCGCCUUUGCUGGAGCUCGGCUGGCCGGAGACCCCGGCCAGGUUCGGUCCCUCAGACACCCAGAUCUACUUCCAGAGGGACAAGAGCCAGAACAUCAAAGACCUGAUCAGAUCCAAGAUCAAUAAGGCUAAAAAGGUCAUCGCCGUGGUGAUGGACAUCUUCACAGACGUGGACCUGAUGUGCGACCUGAUGGAGGCGUCCAACAAGCGGCGAGUCCCUGUCUACAUCCUGCUGGACGAGAAGAAUCUGAGCUACUUCACAGACAUGUGUGCGGCGCUGGACAUCCAGAACUCGCACCUGAUGAAUAUGAGAAUCCGCAGCGUUUGCGGCGACACGUACUGCACCAGAGGUGGGAAGAAGUUCACCGGUCAGGUCCUGGAGAAGUUCAUGAUCAUCGACUGUGAGGAGGUCAUUGCUGGCUCAUACAGUUUCACCUGGCUGUCGGCUCAGGUGCACAGCAACAUGGUGAUGCACUUCUCCGGCGUCAUCACCGACAGCUUCGACAAGGAGUUCCGCUGUCUGUACGCCGACUCGCAGAUCAUCGACAGAUUCAACCCGGAAGAAGACGACAUGCCUUAUUUUCCACCAUAUCAGUCCUUUUUGCCCCAUGGGAUAACCAUGGGGAUCGGCGGGCCAAUGGGGCUGGAUCUACACUCUGACAGGCAACGGGACCGGAGCUGUUCUGAUCACUCCAGCAGCCAGUCCAGCAACAGUGUGUCCAGUAUUAAGGUUGCUCCUGGAAUGACCUCCAACAACGUCUACAAGGUCUCUCCGGGUCAUGAGAAGAAGGAUUCAGCCCUCCAAAGCCCCGAGAGAAGAGUUGGAGGUCCGCUGAGAGUAGGAGGACCAACCUCUGCAGUGCGAGGUUCUCCUAAUGGAGGAACCAGUCACAACCUGAUUACUGACCGCCAGAUACCAAGCUAUGGUCAAUCGGCGGGCAUCGAGUGGAACAAACCCGGAUCUGGGGAACCCUUGCGAGGAAAUAUUGGAGGAACAACCUCUAAGUUUCAGGGACUGGGUUUGUAUGAAAAAUCCUCCAUGUUUCAUAGCACCCCGAAGCACCAGCCCCCCUCCCAGGUCAGCGACGCCAAACUCCCCCAGAUGCAGAGGUCGCCUCAAGGCCAGUUCCUUAACAAAUUAUCCGACAAAAUCAUGCCGUACUCCAAAGACACCUACAACUUCCGCAGGCCUCCAUCCCCUCUGAACACUCCACCCUGGGGAGUACCAGAACUCUCUCAGCCGGAACCGGAAAGCCAGCAGGGCCCGCCGCCGCCAACGUCUCCACCGGGCUUCAUGAGUCGCCAGGACCAGAAGCGGAUGACGUUAGGCCACAGCAAGCUGGACCUGGUGAAUCACUACAACAAGAUGAAAGUAAAGCAGGUUUACAGCCGCUUUGAGCUCAAGAGCAAAAACUGAAGCUUCCCUACGGAGCGUCUCUUUGUGUCCUCGUUCACAACCCAGAGAACGGACUGCUCGGACUUAGAGCUGUUGCUUCCUUAUCAGUUACCAUUUGAAUUCUUCACAAGCUCUUUGUUAUCUUCCACAGGACGCGUGGAAAUAAAGCGUAGGCAGCCAUUUUUGGCUCCGAGCUCCUGUUUAGUUUCACUCCUGAAACUGUUAAGCCUCUUAAAUAGAAUAAGGAACAACUGUUUAAAAGGAUUAUUCUGUUUUUAGGAUGAUCCUGAUAUGAAAAAUGUAUUCUUUAUAAGUCGUCUACUGCUGUUAACUCCUCAUGUUCUGUAAACUUAUAGAGUGGAGCAAGAGCUACCAGAUAAAACCUUCUCGACACUCCAGGAACAUUUUCUCUAAAUGUAAAUAAAUGUAAUCUUAAAAUGGUUUAGUGUACAAAGAAAUUGGAUUUAAAGCAUUUUCUUCAACACAUCCCUGACAUCUCCAAUUAACAGCAAUUAGAUUAAGAUUAAAGUCUUAAAAUCACUAAAAUGUCAGGUUAAUUAAGUUGAUAUUGUUGAAUUUAUAACCAAACUAAUUAAUCUUCUUGAAAUUGAAUGUAAUAUUAUUAAUGUUUUAUGAAUGCACUGUAUAUCAUUCCCUAGAGGAGGUGGUUUAAUGGGUGCUGUUGGCUUCAGGUAGAGGCUGCAGCUCAAACUGAGCCUUUAUUCCCCUUUAGUUAUAAACAUAUAAAUGAUCCAGCAGAGAUAAUGAGUUUAACAGGAAGCAAAUUUAAGUUCUUAUGAAAGUCUGGGAGACUAAACGGACCAAUAAUGAAGGAGCAACAUUUUUCUCAGGAUUAGCGAUAAACAUUAAAGCGUCAUCAGUAUAUAGUGAAACUUUCUGUUCUACCUCUCCUAACAAAAAAGAAACUUUCUGGUUCGAAAAAAGCCUUUGUAAGGAACCAAACAAGCACAUUUGGUGUUAAGAUUCCAGUUACCAUAAAAAGAAGAGAAAUCAGGUUUAAUUUGCUGCACAAUCCACUGAAAACAAAGACCCUAAAACUGAUUCAUUUUGUUAAAACUGUUAAAUAAUAAUUGACUGUUUUAUUCUCGUUGUGUGCAGCUUUUAAUGCCUGAUUGUCGGUAAAGAAUCCCACAUCAUACUUGUUACAUGGUCACACGUGCCUUGAUCCUCUGAUCGUCCUGCCUUAAGGUUUACAGCCACAUUCUGACCCAAUUCUGUCCGAGGUACAAACUUUAGACGCUCUGAUCAGCAGUAAAACAUCAACAGUAAUAGAUGUAAAUUUUCCGGGAUUUUUUUUCCCUCACAGCAGAUCAGAUGAUGAUGUAACUCUGAUUUCACUUGGAUGGGUCUGAAGUCUUUAUAUCCAGAUUUGUAUAUAGUUUAACCAAAACAAAGGCAGUUAAUGCUUUGACGUUAAACACUUGUGAUGAU